AUGUUUGCUCAGGGUCGUCAUGCGUUUGCUCGCCACGUCGACUGAAACAACCCAGUAUAAGGAUAGUAGAACAGAUUCUUGUAAGUAACAGGUAGCUCAUAAAGAUCGCUUCAGGUUUUAAUUGCCAAAUUCUAUGUACAUAUAAGCCGGAUUUCUACAACGGUGUCAUCAAAAUGCCAGGGGUACGUCAACGUCGGCAGAACAACAUGGCGGCCAUUGUCAGACGGCCCGAGUCGUGUAUCCUCGUCAGGGGGCUGCCCCUUAACGAGCCAGAAAAUACAGACGUUACGCUAUGGCUCUACAUGUAUUUCACCAGUCCGACUAUCGGCGGCGGGAAAGUAGCUUUCGUGCUAAGGACGGAAGAGGGAGAGGCACAGAUUGAGUUCGUGGAAGAAUCUACUGUAAAGAAAGUCUUGGCCCAUAGAAGACACGUUCUGAAGUACCGGCGGCUCCAUGACGACCAAGAAGUCGAGAUUCCCCUCCGACUGGAACCCCUGUCGCCUGAGGCUGGCAUGCCUGAACAGAAUGCUGACACACACUGAAGAGAGGCUGGCAGAGAUGCGUGAAAGAGUCCUAGCUCUCACGCAGAAACUGGACAACGUCACACAAGAAAAAGAGGAACUCCAGGCAAGAGUAGAGGAAUUCGAGCGAAGACAAGGCCUCAGCCCAGACGAGACAGUACGAGCCAUGGAGAGCGAGAACGAGCGUCUCAGACAUGAACUGUACAAAAAGAGACAUGAUCCGGUCUCACAGAAGGACUGCAUGCGCUCCAAAUCGUACGAGAUGAGCCACAAACCACGAGGACUGGCCGUCAUUAUCAACAACACCAAAUUCAUACGGCUACAGGAGAGGGUUGGGGCCGAGGAAGAUACAGAUCGAGUUGCCAGCCUGUUCCAACAACUUCACUUUGACGUGGUUUCUCACAGUAACCUUGACCACGCCAAGAUGGUGGACGUUUUCAUUCAACUCGGCCAGGCCGACCACUCCAACUACGACUGUUUCGUGUGCUGCAUCAUGUCUCACGGGACGUCCAGCAAAGUCUUCUCCUCCAACGACGUGGGGAUCGACAUUUGCGAACUCAUGAAGCAUGUCAAAAUGGAGCGGUGUCCCAGCCUGAAGGGGAAACCCAAACUGUUCUUCAUCCAAGCAUGCCAGGGGGAAGCGGUGCAGGGCCGAGCACUAGACAACGGCACGCACGAUUCCAAACAGUUUUCGUUCAUGUCUCACGAGGCUGACAUCUUUCUCGGCUUGUCUACAGUAUCGGGGUUCGUUUCAAAGCGUAACUGUGACGGAGCACCCUACAUCCGCUUCCUCACUGAAGUGUUUGGAGAGUUUGGACACGAACAUGAACUCAUGACCAUGAUGGGCAUGAUCUGUGACCAAAUGAACUCCCAAGUCGGAAUGGUGUCGUCCAAUCAUUCCACACUGACUAAAGAUCUCUACUUUCCCACAAAUUAAGAAAGAGUUAGAAACUGAGAGAAGAAUAUUGUGAGUAGAACAAUAAAAAAUACACAUUGUAUUUAAAUGAAAUUCGAGCCACUGUCCAGUACGUGGAACAGUACGUGCAGAUAGAAUCAUUGAACUACGAAAGUGGUAACUUAAACAUAGUGUAUCUGCACGAACUGUACAAUGCUGAAUUGAAAUUCUCACAAUACUGAUUAUGCUAAAUGGGUCAUAUAUGGAAAUAGGGUUGAGUCAAAACCACAAUUCUAAAGGUCAAAAUAGAGAGCAAAAAGAGGUGUUGCGUUAUACAUAUAACAAAGAUGGUUGGUCAACAGAUCAUAUGGUGGAGUAUGGA